AACAAAGCUGAUCCUAAAUAAAAAGCUACUCAAAACCCACCAAAAACCCUUCAUCAGUUUUUCAUUCUUUCUUUCAGGUUUUUGCUGUCGAAACCCUAAAAGAGGAGAGAGAAAGCAGAAAAAAUGGAGAUGGGAGAUGAAUUCGAUCGUAUAUUACUCUUCGAACAUGCUCGCAAAACUUGUGAAACUAACUACUCUAAAAACCCCCUUGAUGCUGAGAAUUUGACGAAGUGGGGAGGUGCUUUAAUUGAGUUGUCGCAAUUUCAGAAUCCCGCCGAAUCUAAGUCAAUGCUUUCAGAUGCUGUGCUGAAGUUGAAGGAAGCUUUGGAGAUUAAUCCCAAACGACAUGACGCAAUGUGGUGUUUGGGAAAUGCUUAUACCACUACUGCUUUUAUGACUCCUGACAUGGAACAGGCUAAACCUUACUUUGACAAGGCGGCUGAUUACUUUCAACAAGCAGUCGAGGAGGAACCCUCUAAUGAUUUGUAUAGGAAGUCCUUGGAAGUUUCUUCAAAGGCUCCGGAUCUACAUGCUGAGAUCCACAAGCAACAAGCCUUUGGCCAACAAGUUUUGGGGGGUGCUGGAGCUUCUUCUAGUUCCACUCAGACGGCCUCCAAAAAGAAGAAAUCCAAUGAUUUUACAUACGACGUGCUCGGAUGGGUUAUUCUUGCAGCGGGUCUUGUGGUAUGGUUAGGAUUUGCGAAAAACCAAGCUCCCCCUCAGCCACCAAGAUAAAUCAAUUUUGCAUGUUAAAUGGCUCCCAGUUUUCUGGGGUGUUCAGUUUUAUUAAAUUCUAGCUUAGUUAUAGAAGUAUAUGUUGAUUGCUUAUGAAUUAGCAUGUCAACAACUUUUUUCUAGGUUCGGGUUUGUCUUCAAUUGCAUACUGGCUAUACAGAUUAUUCUGAUCUAAGCAUUGUUUCAGUAUACAAAAUAAAUAUUCUAUUUCAUCCU